AUGCCAAAGUUCGUCACUGUGUCCCUGAUCACAAGUCCUACCAUUGCUAAGCAGCCGCCUUCUCCUCCUCCCGCCGCCCGGGCUCAGAGCGGCGGCAGCAGCGGCCGCGGCGACAGCUUCAGCUCCGGCUCCGGCUUCGGCUCCCGCGCCUGCCCUGCUCGGCCCCGCGCGCCCGGGCUCCGUGCCCCGACCCCGCCGCCGCGCCUGCCGGGGGCCUCGGGCGCCCCCGCCGCCCGCCUCACGCUGAAGUUCCUGGCCGUGCUGCUGGCCGCGGGCAUGCUGGCGUUCCUCGGUGCCGUCAUCUGCAUCAUCGCCAGCGUGCCCCUGGCGGCCAGCCCGGCGAGGGCGCUGCCCGGCAGCGCCGACAACGCCUCGGUAGCCUCGGGCGCCGCCGCGUCCCCGGGUCCGCAGCGCAGCCUGAGCGCGCUGCACGGCGCAGGUGGCUCGGCCCGGCCCCCCGCGCUGCCGGGGGCACCCGCGGCCAGCGCGCACCCGCUGCCGCCCGGGCCCCUGUUCAGCCGCUUCCUGUGCACGCCGCUGGCGGCCGCCUGCCCGUCGGGGGCCCAGCAGGGGGACGCGGCGGGUGCGGCGCCGGGAGAGCGUGAGGAGCUGCUGCUGCUGCAGAGCACGGCCGAGCAGCUGCGCCAGACGGCGCUGCAGCAGGAGGCGCGCAUCCGCGCCGACCAGGACACCAUCCGCGAGCUCACCGGCAAGCUGGGCCGCUGCGAGAGCGGCCUGCCGCGCGGCCUCCAGGGCGCCGGGCCCCGCCGCGACACCAUGGCCGACGGGUCCUGGGACUCACCCGCGCUCAUCCUGGAGCUGGAGGACGCCGUGCGCGCCCUGCGGGAUCGCAUCGACCGCCUGGAGCAGGAGCUCCCGGCCCGUGUGAACCUCUCAGCUGCCCCAGCCCCAGUCUCUGCUGUGCCUGCCGGCCUGCACUCCAAGAUGGACCAGCUGGAGGGGCAGCUGUUGGCCCAGGUGCUGGCACUGGAGAAGGAGCGCGCUGCCCUCAGCCACAGUGGCCACCGGCAGCGGCAGGAAAUGGAGAAGGAGUUGGACGUCCUGCAGGGUCGCGUGGCUGAACUGGAGCACGGGUCCUCAGCCUACAAUCCCCCAGACGCCUUCAAGAUCAGCAUCCCCAUCCGCAACAACUACAUGUACGCCCGCGUGCGGAAGGUGCUGCCCGAGCUCUACGCAUUCACCGCCUGCAUGUGGCUGCGGUCCAGGUCCAGUGGCCCUGGCCAGGGCACCCCCUUCUCCUACUCGGUGCCUGGGCAGGCCAACGAGAUUGUGCUGCUGGAGGCGGGCCAUGAGCCUAUGGAGCUGCUGAUCAAUGACAAGGUGGCCCAGCUGCCCCUGAGCCUGAAGGACAAUGGCUGGCACCACAUCUGCAUCGCCUGGACUACAAGGGAUGGACUAUGGUCUGCCUACCAGGACGGGGAGCUGCAGGGGUCCGGUGAGAACCUGGCUGCCUGGCACCCCAUCAAGCCUCAUGGGAUCCUUAUCUUGGGCCAGGAGCAGGAUACCCUGGGCGGCCGGUUUGAUGCCACCCAGGCCUUUGUGGGUGACAUCACCCAGUUUAACCUGUGGGACCACGCUCUGACUCCAGCCCAGGUCCUGGGCAUUGCCAACUGCACCGCACCACUGCUGGGCAACGUCCUUCCCUGGGAAGACAAGUUGGUGGAGGCCUUUGGGGGUGCAACGAAGGCCGCCUUCGAUGUCUGCAAGGGGAAGGCCAAGGCAUGAGGGGCCACCUCAUCCAGGGCCCCUCCCUUGCCUGCCACUUUGGGGACUUGAGGGGGGUCACAUUCCCUCCUCAGCCUGCCCACGCACUGGCCUUCCCUCCUGCCCCACUCCUGGCUGUGCCUCCCGUUUCCCUUCACCUGUACCCACACCUCCAGAAUGUCCCGCCCUGCGAGCGUGUCCCCUGUCCCCACCCGGGUGGAGAGGAGUGUCUCAAGUGAACAGUGGGAGCCUGCCCUCCUGGCAUUGCAUUGGAAUUGUCUCUUACCCCACCCCUCCCUGCCCAUCAAUUGCAUCUGAUUUCACUAAUUCUGACAGCACCCCCCGUAGGGUAGGGUUGUGUAUGUGUAAAGAGGUCAGAUGCUUUCCAACAUGACACCCAGAACAUCUUCCUUUACGCAACACCCAAAGAUCUUGGCAUCCCCGCACUUCCUGGGGUGUUAUGAUCCCUGGGCAUACACCCCUCUAUCUCAGUGGUAGGGAUGUCUGUCCACCCCCUUGUCCCCCAUGCAUCAGGCCCAGCAGCUUCCUCUUCAGGGCCACAACAGGCUGUAGAAGGGGAUGAAGAGGAUACUGGAGGUCACACUCACCCUCCUCCCUCUUUCCACCAGCUGCCAGUCAAGGGCAGUGGGAUCUCGAUGGAGCCACCCCCACCCCACCCGCACCUCCCUCUUCCUCCUCUUUCCUCCUUUCUUUGUGUGUAGUGGUUUGAAUGUUGGUUCCAUGCCUGGCCCAGCCCCACCUCAGUCUCCAGGACAUUCCUUUCCCAGCUCCAGCCUGGAGGGAAGGGGACAAAGACCCCAGAAGGACAAAGGGCUGCAGCCACUCCUUGUGCUCACCCAUAUCGAUGGCCACUGGUAUAGUCAUCCCUUCCCCUCUGUGCCAAGGAUGGGACCUGGACCACUUCAGGCUGGGCUGGGAGCGGCCCUAAGGCAGAGGCCUCAUGGCCCAGGAGACCCCGCCUCUGGCAGAGCCACAUUACCUACCCCGUGCAUGGUCCUGGAGCAGGAGGGAAGAAGCUGAGAGGGUGGGGAGAAGCACAAAGCAGAGGGCAGAGCACUGGGUGAGAGAGAGGAGCCCUUGGUUCCUAGCCAGCCCUGCUAAUGUGCUGUGUGGCCUUCUGUAUGUUCCUGACCUCUCUGGGCCUGGCCUUCCUCAUUCCUGAGCUGAGGCCCUUGCUUUGGUCAUUUGCUCUCCAGACUGGGUGUGAGCUUCUCUGUGAAUCCAGGUGGACAGGUGGGGGAAUGCCCUGGUGAUCCUGGGCUUAGCAGGGGUGGGUCCUGGGACUCAGCAGUAGAUGGGAUGAAGCCAGUCAUGGGUUAGGGUCAGCAGAGACUCAGAGUUAAGGACAAGGUUCAAGGCCGACUAACCUCAUGCUUGGAUUGUAAAAAAACAGCUCCCUCUGGAUCAUCCCAGCCUGGCACCCCUUGCCUGUCAGAGAGUGUCUCAAAGAGCUGAUGGCUUCCUUGUCCCCUUGAGGCAUUGCCAGCUUCCUCAAGAGAGUGUCAGAAUCUUAGAGCUGAGAGGCCAGGCACGGUGGCUCAUGCCUGUAAUCCCAACACUUUGGGAGGCCAAGGUGGGUGGAUCCCUUGAGGUCAGGAGUUCAAGACCAGCCUGAUCAACAUGGUGAAACUCCAUCUCCACUAAAAAUACAAAAAUUAGCAAGGUGUAGAGGCAGGCCCCUCUAGUCCCAGCCACUUGGGAAGCUGAGGCAGGAGAAUCGCUUGAACCGGGGAGGUGGAAGUUGCAGUGAGCCGAGAUCACGCCAUUGCACUCCAGCCUGGGCGACAGAACAAGACCGCAUCUCAAAAAAAAAAAAAAGAAUCUUAGAGGUGAGAAAAGCCACCCUGUCUAGCACCACAUCUGCUUGUUAGAAAUGGUUCAGGGAGAACAUGUGACCUGCACAGGCUCACAGGGCAUGAUGGGGCAGAGCCAGGACUAGAGCCCAGGGCAUCUGACUCCCUCUUCAGUGCUCUUCCCCUUCCAUGCUGCCUGGCCCUGAGGACCUUUGAAUUCAGUCUACACCUAAGCAGGUGGACACCUGAGAGGUCAAAUGCUUUCCAACAUGACACCCAGAACAUCUUCCUUUACGCAACACCCAAAGAUCUUGGCAUCCCCGCACUUCCUGGGGUGUUAUGAUCCCUGGGCAUUUCGGCAGAAUGGAGACCUGAGGUGUCCCUCUUGUGCUAGUCACCUACCAGGUGUCUGAGCAGCUGCAGGCUACCUGGCUCAAGUGGGCACUGGUACCUCUUGCCUACUUUUUUGUUCCCUGUCUGUCUCCACUCCCUGAGGCCACUUAGCCUGAGACAUGACGCAAGAGCUGCAGGCCGGGGGGUUCAGUGCCGUGGAAGCUCCUCCAAGACACAUUGCCUCCGGUGCCCAGAUGCUUGCUUCCAUUUCGAGAACAUAAAUAGAUUGCCAGCCCCUCCGGUCCAAUCCCACUGGAAGAAAAGGUGAUGUCGGGCUUCCACCAGACCCGCUGAGACCUAGGUUGCCAUGGUAACAGCCAAUGACAUCAACCCAAGUGCUGGGUCAAGUGUCUCAUCAUAAUGGCACUGUUGCUGGGGUGAUGGUAGAAUUCAGAACCUUGAUUUCAGUGACGCCAAGCUUGAUCUGUUUCUGUUAUUGUCUCGAAGAAGGUAGCUCUUAUGGAGGACGUGGGAGAAGGAUAGGGUCUUAACAGGGAGGUGGCGGCACUUGCUGGGUCACUUGGGCCCACCCAGACACACAACCCCAGGUCCUUUAUGCUUGUCUCAGUGAAGAUGAGGGUUCUGACGCCUGAGCCUUGUUCCCAUGCCACAUCACCCACUCAGCCUCCCAAAGGGAACAGGAACACGUUUCACCAGUAUGCCACUGUUUGGGUCCCACUUUUCCUAUCUUCUGCUGCUCCUGAGUGCAUCCAAGCAGACAGAGAAAGAGGAACCAGACGUGGCACCCAGUCACAUCCUGUGUGCUCCUGGCUGAUAACCACAACGGAGCCUAUGUUUGUCCUGCCAUCUGACACUGCACCGAGUGUGGCUCAGGCACCGUCCCGUUGAUCCUCACAACACAGUUCUGAGUCAGGACAUUCUUGGCUCCAUUAGACAGGCGAGGAAACGGGCACAGAGAGGUGAUAUCAUCUGCCUGGUGUCAAUCAGCUAGCGAGUGAUUGAGCCCAGAUUUCAAACCACAGGGGGUUUGAAACCAAAGGUCCGGGGGCUGAGUACCCCCUUACCUGUGUAGAGGUCCAUCUGGGCACCAUUGCUCCCAUGUGUUCCGACCCUGUUCUCCAGCCCACAGGGCUUGAAGUGGAGGAACAGAGGCAGGGGGUGGGUCAGCCCUGGGGCCAGGGUCCCCUUGGUGAAGCCGUGCCAGGGGGAUCAUUUGCUUCAGGGAAUGUGUCCCUCCCACUGUGGGCCAGAGCUUCAGCCUUUCUCUAGCUCAGCUGGAGUUCACAGGAGAAUCAAAAAAGAAAAGGAAGCUGAGCAUCUCCUGAGGGUCCUGGGCAGGGAAGGGGAGGGAAAUUGCUGCUCCUCCAACUCCUGCUUGGAGCCAAGCCCUGCGCCAGGUGCUUCCCAGCUGUUAUCUGCCAGAUCUUCCCAUCUUGUGGCAUGUGGUGCUCCCACCGACAUCCCAAGGGGACCAGUUCCCUUGCCACAACUUUGCAUGAGCUGGGACCACAGAUUUGGGCAGGAAGCGCUCCAAGAGAAGGCCGAAGCGCUCGUUUUUACAGAUGAGGAUGCUGAAGCCCGGGGAGGGGUGGGACCCUCAAGACCACCCAGCUGGACACGGGAGACUUGAGCCCAGCCUUCUGACUGCGUUCAGCCCUCUCUAGGACACAGCAGCCUCUCCCCAGCACUGAGUCGCCCUUUCUCUGUGCAUCCCAGCACCCUUGGCCUGAGUAAACUGGGAAAGGGGCUCCCUGCCAGAGAUGGGAUUACUCUCUUUGCCCUUUUAUUCCAGCUGCCUGCCACUCCAGACCCCACCUCCCACCCUGAUCCCCUGACUCCUGUGUGGGGAAGGGGCUCACAUGGGGCCAGGACGAGUGUGAAUGAGCAUGUCAAGUUGUCCGACACUGUGACAUUAAUGCACCCUACUGACAACUCCUCCCCAGCCUCGCCCCUUUCUCCUCUCCCUGUUUUGUACAUAAAUUGACAUGAGCUGCAACGUGUGUGCGUGUGCGUGCGUGUGUAUGUGUGUGUGUGAUCUGUGUCAUGGUUUUGUUACCUUUUUGUUUUUGUAAAUUUGAAUGUUCAAAAUAAACAUGCUGUUUACUC